UUUUCAGCUCCAGUAAUGCCUCUCACUUACCUAAAGACGUAUCUUCAGCUGAAAAUAGAGUGGCGAUUGGGGCGAUGAAAGAAUCACAAAGAGAAAUGAAAACUUUAUUUAAGAAUAAGGAGAAGUGCAAGAAUAGUUCUUACGAAGUUUUUGUGAAAUGCCAAAGUGUUGAAUGUGGUCGAACUGUGCCGUUGUUACCAUCGUCUGCUUCUUGGAGGAUAGUCGGUGGGUACGAGAGUAUUCCGGGAACUUCACCGUGGCUGGUGGCGCUCUAUGGAGGUCCGGAUGAGGUGUUUUUUUGCGGUGGGACUCUAAUUACUUCUCGAUGGAUUCUAACUGCUGGCCACUGUGUCGGCAAUCAGACUGAUCUGUCUAGUCGGACUACAAACAUAGGCAUAUUCCAAUGUUCUAGUGAAAAACUGAAACUAGGAAUGCCUCGUAGAACAUCCUACUCUUUUACCGAACGUCGUGGUCUGCAAGGGAUUUUCAAACACCCAAACUCCAACCCUGAGAAUCUUUACAACAAUGAUAUUGCCCUUCUGCUCUUGGAUAACCCUGUUAAGUUCGGAGACUUCUUGCGUCCGGUGUGCCUUCCUUCUCCUAGUCUCCUGCUAACUCCUGGAACCUCUUGUUAUGUGGUAGGAUGGGGAAAAUCUCGACAUGAAGAAA